GUGUUGGGAACCACUGGUGUAGAUCAUGUGCAGGUUUUGAUUGACAGAUUGAUUGGUUUCAGACUGACAGCAGGGAGGCGGUGGCUGUGAAGGUGGUCAGUAAGAAAAGUCUGAAUAAAAGCUCAAUGGAGAACCUGCUGACAGAGAUUGAGAUCCUGAAAACAGUCCGGCAUCCUCACAUAGUGCAGCUCAAAGACUUCCAGUGGGACAGUGAUAACAUCUAUCUGAUUCUGGAAUGGUGUUCAGGAGGAGAUCUGUCCCGUUUUAUCCGCAGUUGCCAGAUUCUUCCGGAAAGUGUCGCUCGUCGCUGCCUACAGCAGAUCGCAUGCGCUCUUCAGUUUCUCCAUGAGAAGAACAUCUCUCAUCUGGACCUCAAACCGCAGAACAUCCUGCUGAGUGGAAACGUGCUGAAGCUCGCAGAUUUUGGUUUUGCGCAGUACAUGAGCCCAUGGGACGAGCAGCAGGCUCUGAGAGGCUCUCCGCUCUACAUGGCUCCUGAGAUGGUGUGCAGACGGCAUUAUGACGCUCGAGUGGAUCUGUGGUCCGUCGGGGUCAUCUUAUACGAAGCUUUAUUUGGACGAGCUCCCUUCGCCUCUCGCUCUUUUGCUGAACUAGAAGAGAAGAUCCGCAGUGAGAAACCCAUCGAGCUGCCGCCCGGAGCGCGAGUUUCUCGUGACUGUCGAGAUCUGCUGCUGCGGCUGCUGGAGCGAGACCCAGAGAGCCGCAUCACGUUUGACGAGUUCUUCCUGCAUCCCUUCGUGGAUCUGGAGCACAUGCCCAGCGCCGAGAGCCUCGGGAAGGCCAAAGCGCUGGUGUUGCAGGCGGUGCAGAAGGACCAGGAUGGAGAGCGAUCGGCUGCGUUAUCUCUCUACUGUAGUGCACUCGAACACUUCGUUCCUGCCAUUCACUAUGAGACGGACAGACAGAGGAAGGAAGCACUGAGACAAAAGGUGAAUCAGUAUGUUUCUCGUGCCGAGGAGCUCAAAGCGCUGGUCAGAUCGGACAACAAGAUCACUUUUGAGAAGGCAAAAUCAACCAGGAACAUAUUAAUAGAAAUGUCCAGAGAUCAGCCGCGUUUACUAACUGCCCUGGAAGUGGCGUCCACUGCUGUUGCCCAGGAGGAGAGCGGCGCGGAGGACUAUGACACGCUUGAUUUAUACCAGCAGAGUCUGGGCGAGCUGCUGCUGGCGCUAGCAGGUGAAUCUCAGGCCCGGCGCAGAGAGCUGCUCCACAGCCAGGUGAGAAGAUCACGAUUUAUGUGCUUGUGA